AUGACAGCUGCCAAUAAUCAUGGUGAAAAAGUUCCUGAAAAGUCUCUGAAGUAUCCAAAGUCUGUCUUCUUCAUUAUCAGUAAUGAGUUCUGCGAGAGAUACUCAUUUUUCGGAUUACGAAAAAUUUUGUCUUUAUACCUACGAAAUGCUCUACACUUUAGAGAAAGUGAAGCAGUCUCAAUUUACCAUGGUUUCAUGUUUUUCAACUUCGCAUUUCCAAUUUUAGGUGGUAUUUUAGCAGAUUCUUACAUUGGAAAAUACCAAACUAUUGCUUAUUCAUCGAUAGUCCACACUGUGGGAAACUUGACCGUAGCUCUUGCAUCAACCCCAUGGAUAUCAUCUUCAAGAAUUUUUACGUUCGUUGGACUAAUAUUGGUGGCAACAGGAGCUGGUUUGAUGAAACCGUGUAUAAGCACAUUAGGCGGAGAGCAGUUUGUACUCCCGCAACAGGCAAAACAGAUGGCGACUUUUUUUUCAGUAUUUUAUUUUACCAUUAGCAUAGGGUCACUUUUGGCCUCUAUUGUGUCCCCUAUCUUGAGACAGGAUGUCAAAUGCCUCGAGCAGCCGUCCUGUUACCCUCUUGCAUUUGGAGUUCCUGCUUUCCUUAUGUUCUUGGCUCUUGUGUUGUUUGUAUGCGGGAAACCUUGGUACAUGAUGAAAGAGCCAGAAGGAAAUAUAUUGGUCGGGGCAAUGAAAUGUAUAUUUUAUGCACUGAGAAAAAAGCUAUCAUGUGCAAAGCUGGCGGAAAAACCAUCUUAUUGGCUAGAUUACGCGAAAGACAAAUUUGAUCAACGACUGUUGAAGGACACUCGAGAAAUGAUUCGACUACUUCCGACGUUCAUUCCAGUGCCUUUAUAUUGGGCUCUCAGUGAACAACAGGGGUCAAGUUGGAUUUUUCAGGCGUCUCAGAUGGAUGGUGUCGUGCCGAACUGGUUUACUAUCAAACCGGACCAGUUAGGAUUAUUGAGCCCUCUGUUUGUAGUCAUCCUCAUCCCAAUUUUUGAGAUCAGUGUCUAUCCAAUGCUGGGGAAAAUGGGUGUUAAGAGUCCACUGCAAUACAUCACCACCGGGGCGUUGACUUGCGCCUGCGCAUUCCUCAUGUCAAGUUAUGUUGAGUAUAGACUCGAGCCGUCGUAUGCAAAAUUGCCUGCUCCAGGAUUGGGGCAGUUGCGGAUCUUCAACGGUCUCCCGUGUCAAGUUGAACUGGAUCCUCCAAUACAUGGCCGCUAUCUCAUCCCGCCGCUUGGCGCACUUCAGUGGACUGACAUCCAAGUAAAUGGGACUAGAUUCCUGCAAGAAAAACUCGUGUUGAAUCUGGGGCUCCCUUGCAACGACACUCAUAUGCCUCUCAACUGGACGGAAGAAAUUCUUCUUUUUGAGGAGCGGGGUUCGUCAUACAUUCUGGGUGUUUCAGGCGAGGUUGCUGACAUCAAGAGAGUUCCAGGAUUUGAUGACGUCUCGAAAUCUUUGACAAAUGCGCCUCGAAUUAGGGUGAUUCACAACCUUGAUGGUCCUCUCACGUUAACGAACCAGUACAAAGACACAUUCAAGUUCCAGCUCUUGACGUCACAAUUGGCAACGCCGCUGAGUGAAAUUACAACUGGCAGGUAUCAAAUUAUGUUCGGAAGCAAGAAAAUUUUAUCAGAUCUUAUCAUCGAGAGCGGUGGAGUUUAUACUUUGGUGCUUCAAAAAGUUCAUUCCAAAAUCGUUGGCAAACUACAUACAAUUACUCAGCCGGCGCAAUUGCACAUAUUAUGGAUGGUCCCUCAAAUCAUAGUGAUGGCAAUUUCUGAGAUAUUUUUUAGUGUCACGUAUUUAUCUUUCACUUUCAACGAGGUAAAGCACCUGAUACAGUUAACCAUUUUAUAA